AUGCUCCCCAUGACCAAAGCCGCAAAGGAAAGCUUCCUGCGCUGCCUCUCCGGACCUGACACCAGCAUGCUAUUCAGGGAAAUUGUUAAAUAUCCAGAUUCUGUCAUUCAUCAAACAUCAGCUAGGCAUUUUAAUGUCCCUGUCCUCACUAUCUCAUCUCAUGGGUUGCACCUUCACCUUCCAGUUCAGACCCUCCCACCUCAAAACCUCUCGGUCAUCUUGAUGAGAUCUGGCGACUUCUUGCUGACCUGGAAAGCACCUGAUGGAAGCCAAGGGCUGGGCAAUGCACUGCAGUAUGAAGUCACUUACAAGCGGCAGUGGGAGUCCUGGGAGAAAGCUGCCUCGCUCUUGCUCUCCAACACCACACUUUGCCACCUCAGCCGUGACAGCCUUGUCCCAGGGAGCAGCUACGUUGCCCGUGUGCGAGCCAGACCGGGGCGGGCCAGCGGCUUCUCUGGGCAGUAUAGCGAGUGGAGCACGGAGGCAUCAUGGGAGACCCCUGAAGGUGGCCUUCAGCCCAGGAACCUUCACUGCCUCUUCAACGGUGCAGAUCGUCUGAUGUGCAGCUGGGAAGUGAAGAAAGAGAUCAUCACCUCUGUCCUCUUUGGCUUGUUCUUCAGGGCUACUCUGGCAUCAGCUUAUCACCUUAGAGAGCUGUCAGUUAGAGAGUUGACAAUAGCAGCUAAGCCCUGUGUUUUUUCACCAGACAAGGAUGAUGAAGAGAAGUCCAGCGAGUUCCAUGGAGCUGAGCAUCUGCACUUGCCUGCCCAUUGACUGCUGGUCUGUCGUGCCUGUUUGCCAGGCUUCCAUGCAAGAGCUGCUCAUGAAAGUAUUGCUUUCCAGACUUACUUUGCUUUCAAUGGUCCAUACUUGUACAGCCCAGUGUUGUCCUCCCAGCCUGAUAUGCACCAGACCCUGGAAGUGGACCCAGCAGGAGCCCGUGAGAAAUCAGUUUCCCUUCAGUAUGUUACCCUCCCAAAGGAAGACUGCCCCCAGGCUCCACAGGGGCAAGAACAAGGAGGAGCAGGCCCUCCACAGCCCUUCCUGCUCCCAGCUCAGAAGGAAAAGAUGCAGCACCUUGACGAUGAGAAAGAAGUCUCACUGGCCCCAUCAGCCUGCAGGAAAGACAUGAACAUGAGAACAGAAGAGCAAAAAUCUCCAAAGGCUUUUAGCUGUCUCACAUCUCCUCAGCAGUGCCCCUUGGAGUACAUCACCACAGAGAGCCUGUUUCUGCCAUCAGCCAGUGACUCCAUGCAUCCACCACUUGUCACUGCUGGGGAGUUACCUUGUGACCCACAGGAGCCCCAGCCCCCCAGCGACCACUCUUGCCAUGAGUUUUCUCCUGAGAAAACUGCUGUCAAUGUCUCCAUUUCAGGUCAAGCACCAACCUCUUCUCCUGAAUUGCACCUGGAUACAUUUGGAGAUUAUCUUACUGUCCCUUUAGGUAUCCACAGACAUUCAGAACCCACAAAAAUGUCCUUACAUACUUUUUGCAAAGGUGUAAUUUUUCCCAAAGAACCUGUGUUGGAGAACAACGUAGUCAUAUUUAAUCCUGGCAGCACCAUAAUAUUUUUCCUCCACUAUGGGCAAGUGUUUCCUGUCUGCAACCUAAAACCCAGUAAGAAGGUGCAGAUCAGUCAGAAAGAUCCCCAAGUGUAUUGGGUUUGCGUGUCAAGGUUUUGGUAG